AACAAAAAAGUGCACUGUCCCGGUCAGGCGGUCGGUGACAAACUAAACAAUGGCCGAUUGUGUGAACACCACAGGCCACGCUACGCCACGAUUCCUUUGAAGUGUGCCCAAAAAACCGACAACUCCCCGAUUGCGCACCACGAUUGACAAUUGUCCGCCAUCAUACACCAUACACCAUUACCCCCUGUACACAAUGGCGAUGGCCUGUAGUGGGCCAGCAUGGGCCAUUGUGUACUGGAGCCUUAAGGUUGUUCUUGUUUUCAUGUUUUGGAAUUUAAUUGUGAUAAAGUAUCACGACACCACAAGUAUUACCACUUAAAAAGUCUGAAAAUGCUAGAAGCAGAACCAAAUACAAAUACCGAAUUCACCAUACUGGAUUACCUGAAUCGGGAUAGCUGGCGUGCCGUGCUACGCUAUGUGCCCAUGCAGGACCUUUUACGAAGCGAGAACGUCAGCCGUCGGUGGCAGCGAGUGGUGCUGCAAUACUUGGAAGAAAUUCGUUUUAGUUUCUGGGGCAGAGAGGAUAACAGCCCUUCAAACACCUUUAACUGGAAGCUACGGAUAUCUGCGUAUCAAUCAUUUACUAGAUGGACCGGCAAGCUAGGCUCAAGGGUGGUGGCAACUUACUGUAAGAAUGGAGAGCAUUUGAAUAUAAUAAAGACAAACUGCCCUAAUCUUGAAGCUCUGACAUUGAUCAACUUUGAACCAAAAUCGAAAGACCAGGGUUUAAUCCAAUUCAAUAAGGACUUGAAAAGUCUUAAGCGACUUUGUUUUCAUACAUGUACUAUCUCGGACGAAUUAAUCAAGCAGUAUAUAGCACACAAGCCAUUAGAAGAAUUACAAUUCUCUUAUUGUGAAGUCACAGGGGAAUGUUUGGACUCUGCAAACCUAUCUAACAUUAAAUCCCUCACCUUCAAGGCAUGCCACAAACUCCUAGCUUCACAUAUACUAACGUCUGUCAACCUGACUAAACUGGAGCUACUUACUGUACCAAGAGAAAUACUAACGGAAAUUCAAUUAGUAUUAGACAAGAUGCCAAAAUUAGAAUGGUUAGAAAUGCACAUUUAUCAGGGGAACCAUUGUCAUUUAGAACAUUACAAUCCUCUCUGUAGCCUGACACAAUUGAAGCAUUUGAGUACAGACCUCUCAGUGUCAGAUGAUGCUGUGGAAGCCAUAACACGGUGCUGCAAGGAGCUGCGAACUCUGGAGUUGUGUAAUUGUGAGUUACUUAGUCUGCAAAGUUUGAGGACAAUUUGUCGUAACGCGGGAGAGCGCCUUACUGAGUUUGCCGUGUAUCAUUACCACCAACUACUGGAUGAUAAUGUUGUGGACUGUGUCCGCAGAUGUCCAAAGCUAACACUCUUGUGUAUCGGAGGCAUGUGUGGGAUAACUCCGACCUUACCUGAACAUGUAUCAGAUGCUAAGCAGGAUGUGAGCCCAGAGCAUGUCCUACACCUUGAUUUGACAGAUUUUGACCUGUAUGAUGACUUUUUUGGUGAUAGUUGGGCAGUAUAUGAUUAUCUGAUAUUAGUUAAACCUUAAUUUUGAGCAUGAGAAAUACUCCUAUUAUGAAGUAUAUUAUUAACAGCACGGGUAGCAUGGUCGCGCAAUAGACGAUAAAAUAUCAGGCUGUCCCUAUCGCACUAUUAGUAAGUGCGAUAGGGACGGCCAGAUGUUUUAUCAUUUAUCAGGCAACCAUAAUUGCCUGCCAGGUUUCAAAAUUGACAAAAUUUUAAUACCUUAUCCUCAUGCCCAAUUAAGGGUUAGGCAUUGAAGUUAUGUAAUUAAUAAUUGAUUUGUAAGUUUACUUGCACCAGGUGCAAAUAUUCAGACCAAUUUUAUUGUUUUUGCCAAUUUAUAUACUGACUAAUAUUCUACUUGAUACAGCAGAGUUAACUUUAUGUUAAAAUGCUACUAGUUUAUUUAUUGAUUGUUAUUUAUUUAAUUAGUAACUCUAUUUAUUAAUUAUUACAAAUUGUAAUUAUUUUAUGUAAUCCCAAAAAAGGUAGCAUAGCAUGAAUCCUGUAUUGACCAAAUGAUGAAUUGUUGAAUGAAACUACUUUGUUUAUCCAUAACCACCAGCCAGUCUACUAUCUGCCAAGCACGCAUGGUCGCGCGGUCUAGGAUCCAUACUUUUAAUAUUAUAAAUGGGAAGGUGUGUGUGUGUGUGUGUGUGCAUGUUUGUUUGUCCGUCUUUCACGGCAAAACGGAGCGACGAAAUAACAUGAUUUUUUAAGUGGAGCUAGUUGAAGGGGUGGAGAAUGGCCACUUUUUGUCUCUUUCUAACCCCCCACUUCCCUAAAAUGGGGUUGGACGUUUAUAUGGAGCAUACUGCCAUUUUCGAAUUUAACGCGAGUGAAGCCGCGGACAAAAGCAAGUUUAGCAUAUUUUUAAGUCUUGUACCCCUAACGGCCCAGCCACGAUAUUAGUCUAAGCGCGACAGCGGUCAGCGGCAGCCAUACGUGUGAAUGAAAAGUCCCAUCGCUGUGUCUCGCUCCAAUGUAUGGCCGCUGCUCACCGCUGUCGCGCUUAGACCAAUGUCGUGGCUGAGCCGUAAGACAGAGGAGGGCUAAACA